ACAACAACCUUUUAGUUAUAAGAAACAACAACAACCACGACAAGGAAAAAAAGACAAUUUUUUUCACAAGAUGCCGGGUGGCUCGGUAAAUGGUAGACCAUUCCGUGAAAGCAGAGAUGCAUAUUCAAAGACUGGGAUACCAUGUGGCAAUCCUCGCAGAUUUCAAAGUCGAGAUGUUGUUCGUAUGGAGCCUGGUGCAAGGUCAAGGUCACAACCUAUUGAUGGCCCCUUGGAAGAGAUUGAAACAGAAGGUCACAGGCAUCUUAAAACCUUGGUGGAUAAGCAGCUGGACACUAAUGUUACAGUGCAACAGCAGCUUGGUCAGAAACGUGAGUUUUCCCAGGGAGUGGAGUUCACAGCUUCAACAGACAAACUAACGGGGAUUCAAAGCUUGGCUGACUUUCUGGAUGUCAGUGGAGUGGAUGCUUAUAUUGAGGAAAUGAAGAGCUAUGGCCUAACACAUGAAGAAAUUCUGUACAAGUUGCAGUCUGAAGAGACAAACAAGAAAAGUCGUCUCAGUAAUCCAGACUACCACGAGGCCAGAAGGAAAGAGAUUGAUGAUAAAAUUGCGAGAAAGAAAGAAGCAUUGCAACAACCAGACCAAUUCUCCAAUACAAAAUCUAUUUCAAGACAUGAAAUGGACUUGGAAAAGGCUAUAUCUGCAGGGAAUACACAAAAUAGUUUUCUUCACAAAACUCUUGUUAUCCAAAAAAGUAAAACUAGUGAAAAACCCAAUGACCCAAUGAAUGCUCUCCAAGACAUUUUAGAAACACUUACUUCAAAGUCAAAUGGCAUUUCAAGUUGUUCGCGCUCAAGGCGUAAUAAGGCAGAAAAACAUGCAUACAAAGCAGAUUGCACUCUGGAAUGCUGUAUGCCAGUACAUGACCCAGUUUGUGAGGAGUGUGAUAGCCGAAGUGGCUCCUCAGCAAGCCGUUCAACUUGUAAUCACCAAUUACCUGUGGCAACAUGUAUGGAAAAACCUGACAAUUAUGUGCCAUUUUCUAAAGCAGAAUCUAUUGUACAAAACAAUGUGGAGGCAAAAGUUCCUGUUAAGUCCUCAGACUAUGUUGUGAGAAGCUCAUAUGCUAACGAUUCUAAGGUUUCCAUAGGUUCAACUGAUUUAAGUGCUAUAAGAGAAAUAAUGCAAGUUGAAGCUAUUCCUGAAAGUGUGGUGAGGAAAUACAAGCUCACUCCUGCUGAAGUGAAGGAAAUACCAACGUUUACCAACUACACCCCUGGAGAACCAAACAAUGUGCUGUUUGUGAAGAAUCUUUCCUCAAAGGUUACAGAGGAGGAUCUGGCCUCCCUCUUUAUUGGCUUCCAGUCUCAUACCAAGAUCAUCUUCAAGCUGCUCAAUGGCAAAAUGAAAGGACAGGCCUUUGUGACCUUUCCAGAUACAGAGACCGCUAGCCAGGCUCUAGACCUGGUCCAUGGCUACCCCUUGAAGGACCGACCUGUCGUGGUGCAGUUUGGAAAGAAGAAAUCUGGGUGAAUCUGAAGGAACUUUACUCCAUUAUUGAAUUGUUUCCUGUAAUAAUGGACCAUUCUAUUGUGUGUGGGUUUUUCUCCAAAUAAAACUAGAGUUAUCAUUGAAGGCGAAUAAUCACCCAUUUUAUCAUCUUACACUGAUGUUAAUCAUGCUGAGGAUUUAUGUCAAUAAUGAUGUAUUUUCAACUUUGAUGUCAAAACAUGACUUUGACUUAAAGGAAAGAAAUGUU